ACGUUUGCCUCCAAGAACGAGAACAUAUCGACGGGAGUGGGGAAGUUCUCACUUGGUGUCAAGCUGCGAAUGCGGGAUAUGUUCAUAAAAUAAUAGCGAGAGUCAAAGGAGUUUGAAGCUAGAUCCCCGUUGUUUGGCAGAACAAAGGAGGCUGUUAUCCUGUCCGCUUCAGGGCGCGUUCGACGAAUGAGAGCUACCAGCAACAGUUUGCCCAUGUCUAGUGGCCAGAGAGCCGCCAGAAUGCAGUCAUCCGGCCGCAGGUGUUUUCUUCUGCUGUUUACCGUGUGGAUAUUGUCCCGCAACCCAGCAAUGUCGCAAGGCUCACCUUCUCCCCAGUGCAAUGGACCCAGCCUGCAGAGUGUCUAUGUGGCUGAGGGCUCACCGGCCGGUACUGUCGUGGCAGUGUUACCAAUGCCGCCCAUCGAUCUUCUCAGCUUCUUCCCGACGAUCAGCGACAAUGCCACGGGAGCGCCCACCACCGACCUGCUCGUGAAUCGCUUUGAUGCCAACGCCAAGACGGUCGUGCUGAGCACGGCUGUCCCCGACGCCGAGUCCGCUCGCGAUCUCGACACGGAGUUCUCGCUGACAGUGAAAUGGUCCGGUCGCACUAGCUCAUGUGUCACGCAUGUCAAUGUGCGGCGGCUGGCCGCGCCGUCCAUGAAGAAACAGGACGGGUUUACCCCCUCCGGGGAGGUGAAGAUCCUUGACGGCACUAACGGCGAUGUUCAUCUGUUCACAUUCGACUUUCAGGUAUCACGUGCAGCUGCGGGCUUGUCCAACGUCACGAUCUGCGAUAGCGACAAUUCAACUGUGACCUCGAUCAUGCGCAUCUUGAGGUGUCCCUACCACCGCUGUUGGUAUGUGAUGGCGAACUUUGCUGGUCUAGCCGGCGCUUUCACCGACCCCGGCCGCGUUCAGCUGAGUAUCUGCGCCGAGGACGACAUGGUCCGUACCACCGCUAACCUGGCACCGUCACAUUAUCAUGCCCUCCACAAUGGCCAAUCCAGGACUCCGAUCACUGUAGAGUUUGAAAAAGGCCACUUCUGCCAAACGGGUAAUGUCACGUGUCAACCUAAUUCACAUUGCGUUGGCAAGGGUAACAGUUCCGACUGCCUCUGCAACGCCGGUUUUACACAAGUGGAGGAUAAAUGCAUAGUUUGGUUUGGCGGUGCUGAAGAGCUGCCAGGGCAUGACAAUUGCAAAGCCAAUGAGUACUUCACCGUGCCAAGCAAUUACACGAUAGCCACCGCCUGGGCAGACUACGCGUAUGCAGAACGCGCCUGCUCCGACUUUGGCCUAGUACUGCCGUCAGUGAGCGUGGCACCGCGCUGCUUGCACGACUUUGUCUUCGGCCUGCUGCUGCCCGACUCGAGCCAACGGCACGAGAUGGUGUGGGUGCAGCGCGCCGACGGCACACUACUGCAGCGCAGCUCGCGUGGACACACGUACGCCGCAUCGCGGACCGCCACCGCCAAGCUCGUCUGUUACACUGACCAACACACGGGCACAGUUUUGUCGAAGGUUUGCAACGGGAAACAGUUUUUCAUAGCAGCAGACGGUACUAAGCCAAUGAGCUCUGUUUAUCUCAAGUCCCAGCAGCAACAUGAUCUGAGAUGCCCUGCAGAUUCCGUAACACGCACUGAUCUUAACGCAGACACGUGCGUCUUGGAGUUUGCAAGGAAAGCCAACCUACUGUUCGGUAUCCAGUAUCCGUCCUUGGCAACCCAAUUUGCUGGUCAUUCAUACAGCCUGGUACCAGGGAACGUGGGCAAAGUGACUUCUUAUUUUUAUGUGGCCACGGUGAUGAUGUGCAAAGAGUCUGCUGAGUGCAAGCCGCAGUCUGAAGCCAACGUGUAUUUGGCCGAUGAUUCCGCCAAGCACACUAUCCUAGCCAGAAUACGGGCGCCGGUCAAUAUUACUCCGAAUCCAAACGCCAUUUCGAUCUUUCUAAAUUGGUUUUAUACUGAUGGCAAACCAACCCCUGUUGGUCACUCGGAGCUGACAUUCAGCAGUAGAGCGUCCAAAUCCUCGGACUACGUGAUAGCCACCCAAUCAGACCAGGACUAUUGGAAUAGCGCGUCUGCAGCAGCCUAUGGCAAGCCGCGCGUCAUCGACGUAAACUUUGGCAGGUGGACACAUCAGCCGUUUUGCAAGGUCGCCGUUCGGAUUCUUCGACGCGGUGUCCCGCAGUUGCGCGACCCUCGGUCGCGGUACACUGCCGCGGCGCAGGGGAAUUCCCGUGUGCGUGUGGCCGUGCUGAGCUUUGCAGUUACCUCUCCCGCCACUGGUCUGUCAAACCUGUCGGUCUGCGGUGGUGAUAAUGCAGCCGUAGUGCAGAGACUAUCUGUUACUCGUGUAUCGAGCAGCGGAGGAGGGCUGCAGUUUGCACUGGAUGCCGAUUUCACUGGAGUGACCGACUGGUCCUUGGUAGCGCGCAUCGACCUCUGUAUGGAAGACAAUGCACAGAAUAAGACGGCAUACAAUAGACCGUAUCUCUACACUGCUCUGCACAAUGCUCGGUCAAACACCAGCAUUCAUGUUCAAUUCGUAAACGAUGUAAGCUGUGCAGCUGGUUCCCAUCAGUGCUCCGUCGACAGUCAGUGUGUGGUGCAGUUUCACAGGCGCUUCUGCCAGUGUCAGCAUGGCUUCUCUGGACCAACCUGCACAAGUUGGCAUGGCAACACUGACCAGUGCCAUGGCGACGGGUACAUUGUGGCGUUGCCAGAGCACUCGGUGUACGGCCGCAAUAACAGAACGGCAACUCAGGCCAUGGUGGCGUGCUCCGCUUACGGACUCGCCUUGCCGCCCAGUAGCACCCCAUGUCUUCUCUCCGUCCUGAAUCUCUUCGCUGAAACGGGCAUCGAUAAACAGUUCUUCAUCAAUAAUGGGAAGACUCUCGUUGACUAUCAAGGUGUAACCAGCACGCCUGGUCCUCUGGAUAUGGGACUGGUGGUCUGUUCUGCCGAUGUCUCCAAAGAGAAGCUCGUCUCUGCCAGCUGCAAUGGCGUACUGUACUACGUUCCCAAAAUCGCCUCUUCCACCGUGCCGUCGGCCGUGGGUUGGACCACUGCAAAUUCAGCUUGCCGUGGUAGUCUAGUCGUGUCCUCCACAUUGUCACCAUGUGCUAUUUCUUUUGCCAAGAAAGUCAACACUUUGUUUGGUGUGGAUGAGUCUAAGGUCUGGUCGUCUGAGCAGGACGUGUCCAUCAAUCUCAGGGCUGCUGCCACUGCUGAUGCAAGCCUGACUUCGCCAGAGAUCCCUGCAUCUACUCUCCUGGCACUGUGCGAAAACACGACGGUUACAUGUCCCGUGCCUACGGCGAGCGCUUAUGUAAGCUCGUCAGCUGCCACUUCCGCUCCAGUCCUGAUUCUACGACCACCUGCGGGAUACGCCAGCAAGGGCCCUAUCUUGUACAGUACUGAUGGCCUCCUCAACGUUCAGCAAACAUUUGCCAUUGCCCCUAGGGAUCCAGUUACAGGCACUCACCUUCUCUCUCUCGUCAACCCGAGUCGUGGUGUGGAUCACAAGUUCGGAGUUGUAUUUGAGGGGAGCAAUGGCGGGCGUUGCAGGCAGAUAAUCACCACACAGAGCAGAGCCUCCCCGAAACUCACCAACGGGGGAGGUAAGAUCUCCAUCAUAGCCGACCAUCCCCUGGAAAACAACACACUGACUACCCUGGACGUAGCAUUGUCCCCGCCCGCAACCGCUCUCUCGUCGGUGAAAAUCUGCUGGACCGACAACCCGCAGCUAUCCCCGGCAAUGACGAUAGCCAACUUGUCCACCGCCAGUCAGAUCCGUUUCAAAGUCAGCAUCAACCUGGUGGGCAUUGCGGAUGCGUUCCAGCGGACACUGCACGUAAACGUUGGCCUGUGCGUGGAGGACAACGCGAGGACGGCAGCCCAGGACAAGACGCACGAUGGGGUGGUGCUGGAGAAUGCCGCCGCUAAGUACAGUCUCGACAUUACAAUCAAAAAAGUCGACGGCUCUCCGUUGUGCUCGUCAGCAGUAACUCAGUUUGUCACACUGGUUGAGGAGUCACCAACCGGCACACCCGUUGCCAGCCUUCCACCACCCACCCCUGACACUUUUUUUGCUGGUUUCGAGCAGAACCCGGCACAUCCGUUGGUGGAUCAUUUUUCAUACUCUAGCUCCCUACUAAAGACGGCAGUGUAUAAUGCGGAGAAUGGGGUUACAGUCGGCCAGCCAUUCCAAAUGGAGCUAACUUGGAUGCCACAGUCGCUGAUCGCAUGUGCAACGCUGGUGGUUGUGAAACGACGCACCGCGCCGCGCGUUUCCAGCGGCUUGCCAUUGUCCGGCACUGUCCCCGUUCAACCGAGCCUCUCCGCGCGGUUCACGGCUGCGGCUUUCACUGUCGACGUGUCCGCGCCAGCGACGGGCUUGAGCAAGUUCACGGUGUGCGCCAGCAGCAACACCACACUCCUGUCGCAUUUCAGCCUUGUGCAGAGCGUCGGCAAACCUGGCACCUAUGAGCUACAGGUAGACUUUACUGGUCUCACUAGUGUCUAUGCACAGGCUAUGCAGGUCAGAUUAGACCUGUGCCUGGAGGAUAACUCUGUGUCUGCUUCGGCGUCGCUGCCAGCCGGUCAGUAUAAGUCGUUCCACAACGGGAAUACAACUAUCCCCGUCAUGCUGGACUUCUCAAAAGGCGGAGAUUGUAACCCGAACUCCAACCCAUGCACGGCUAAUGGUCGCUGCCAGGAGUCCUUUCCACGCCAUCGGUGUGUUUGUGAUCCAGGGUUUACCGGCCAUGAAUGUACACUUGUAUACGGAGGCAGCACCGAGGUGAAGGGCGAGGAUUACUGCGGGCCCGACCAGUAUCUGAUACCGCUACCCGACUUUGCAAUGCACACCAACGUCACGACAUUGACCGAGGCUCACCACCAGUGCUCCCAGUACGGCCUCACUCUGCCAACAGCGGCAGUAACCAAUUGUUUACAGUCGCUGGCCUUCAAGGUGCUGUUCCCAGACAGUGGCACUCAGGAGUUCUUCCACCAGGCAAGCGAUCAGAAGUACUAUUUGCGCGCGUCUGACGGCACGGAUCGCCUCGCCACAAAGCAGGACAACGGGAAGUUUGUUUGCUUUGCCGACUUGUCACAAGGGCCGGUCUUCAGCUUCGAGUGCGGUAGUGACAAAUUCUACGUGCCGUCUUCAUCCACGGUGCUGGGGGCUCUAACAACUUGGAAUAACAUCGAUGCCAUCUCUGCCGGGGCCCUACUGGAGCUGACGGAUGUGAGCCCAUGUAUCAAGAAGAUUACCCGUGACAUGUAUCAAAUGCUUGGAGCACUUCCGUCUGCUAGGGUUUGGUCACGGAAGCAAGACGUCUCCAUCACCCUGGAGCAAAGUGGCGGUGCUCAGGAACAGACGGAAGCAAGUGCGACGAAGUUGCUUCCCAUAUGCAAGGUACCCGCAUUAUGUCAGCCAGUCGCCACUUCCCACUUCUACAUGGCUGACAAUGUGACAUCUGCUACACUGAUAGCUCAGUUUGCCUAUCCAGCAGGCUAUCCGCAAGCUAAACUACCAAUGCUCGUCAAAUCCAACGAGUACCUUUUGAAAACCAGCACGUUCAGCAAUUUCAGACUCCGCGACGACAAUCCUACUGAUCGACUGGUCUCUGUCAGCGCAAUCAAGGACGAUACACCGAGCAGCCGGUUGUUUGCAUCCCAAGUGCAUGGCAUCGUCCAAUUCACCAACAGCCAUAACGGAGCACUCUGCAGGUCCGCGUUCACCAUUCAGCGCCGAAACCCUCCGGAUAUCCGUGGAAACGCCCAAAACAUACCCGUUCUUGCCAGGACGGACAGUACGCUCACCGUGGCAACCCUCGAAUUCUCCGUGUCGGCCCCGGCGACCGGCCUCUCCAAGAUCUCCAUAUGCUCCAGUAGUAACGCGAGCAUUGCCGCACGGCUGACGUUUGUGGACAUAUCUAGCGGCCGUGGGCGUCACUACGCCGUGAAUGCCGAUUUGCGCGGCGUGGAUGGUGCGUUUGUCACCCCUAUGCUGUUGAGCCUUGAUCUAUGCGUUGAUGACAAUGGCAAGAACAAAACCACCACAGUAAACUCGGUCCAAUACACGUCUUUACACGCCGCACGUUCCAGGCUGUCGAUUUCGUUGAAUUUCCAAGAUUUCGACAUUGAUGAAUGUGCCACUGGCCAGCACCGGUGCUCUGAAAACAGCCAGUGCCAGAACAGCGAAGGCUCAUACCGAUGUGUCUGCGAUCAAGGUUUCUCAGGCGAUCUUUGCACUAUAUGGUACGGUGGUGAUGAUAUGGAAUUACCCAAUUAUGACCAUUGUAAGGCCAAUGAGUACAUGACCGUUUUGCCAAAGUUCUCAGUCCGUGAUCCACAAAGUGUAGCAACAUUGGAGCAAGCUAAGGCAGCUUGUGCGAGCUUCGGAAUGACUAUCCCUAUGCUCGAUCUCUCAGCAAGCGACCUGCCGCAUUGCUUCUACAAUAUGGUUAAUCGUGUCCUGUUCUCAUUCAAAGAUAAAGAUGAGAAAGCGGCAAGCCCACAGAGGUUUUUCUUCCAGAAACCAGAUGAAACUUACGCUGUAAAGGAUCAGGUUGGCAAAGAUCACUCCAUUUCUGGUACUCAACUUGCUCACUUUGUUUGCUUCACUGACACGAGUCUCAAGCACCAAUUCAAGAGAAGCUGCAAUGGCGUGAACGUCUACCUUGGGAAGCACUGGCCGCCAUCCCAAGCAGCUGUCGACUGGAAAGCGGCUAAUACGUCAUGCAAGGGAAAUCUCGUAUCACAGACAACUAUUUCUGCAUGCCUCGUGGACUUUAUGCGGUCAGCAAACCAGAUGUUUGGUCUCAAGACGCUGAGAACCUGGUCGAAUGUCCAGGAUCAGUCCAUUGGUGGCGAGGGGAAUCUAUUGCGAGAUCUGGAGUUUGAAAAUUCCAAGGCCUUGUUUCUUCCGGUUUGCGCAGAUUUCGACAUUGAUGAAUGUACCACUGGCCAGCAUCGGUGCUCUAAAAACAGCCAGUGCCAGAACACUAAAGACUCAUACCAAUGUCGCUGCGAUCAAGGUUUCUCAGGCGAUCUUUGCACUAUAUGGUACGGUGGUGAUGAUAUGGAAAAAGGCUAUUAUGACCAUUGUGAGGCCAAUGAGUACAUGACCGUUUUGCCUAAGUUCUCUGUCCGUGAUCCACAAAGUGUAGCAACAUUGGAGCAAGCUAAGGCAGCUUGUGCGAGCUUCGGAAUGACUAUCCCUAUGCUCGAUCUCUCAGUAAACUACCUGGCGCAUUGCUUCUACAGUAUGGUUUAUCGUGUCCUGUUCUCAUUCAAAGAUAAAGCUGAGAAAGUGGCAAGUUCACAGAGGUUUAUCUUCCAGAAACCAGAUGGAACUUACGCUGUAAAGGAUCCUGUUGGCAGCAUAGAUCAUUCCAUUUCCGGUACUCAACGGGCUCACUUUGUUUGCUUCACUGACUCAAAUCUUAAGCACCAGUUCCACAGAAACUGCAGUGGUGUGAAUGUCUACCUUGGCAAACCAUGGUCGCCGUCUCAAGCGGCUGUCAACUGGACGACAGCAAAUACAUCAUGCAACGGCAAUCUCGUGUCACAGGGAACUAUUUCUGAUUGCCUGCUGGACUUUGUGCAGUCAGCAAACCAGAUGUUUGGUCUCAAGACACUGAGAACCUGGUCGAAUGUCCAGGAUCAUUCCAUUGGUGGACAGUGGGAUCUAUUCCGAGAUCUGGACUUUGAAAAACCCAAGGCCUUGUUUCUUCCAGUUUGCACAGAUGUGGUGGACAGCUGUGCCAGUUCACCAUGUGGCGCUAAUGCGAUCUCAUGUACAAACGCUCUUCAGUCCUAUCAAUGUACUUGCAAAGUAGGUUGGGCCGGCAACAGCUGCACAGUGGAUGUUGAUGAGUGUGCUGGGACCGGUGCACUCAGUGAUUGCCACGCGGAUGGCACAUCGCAGUGUGUCAACACCGACGGGUCUUUCACCUGUAGCUGCAAACCAGGAUAUACUGGAUCAGCAUGCGAAGAUCAGAUUGACAGCUGUGCAAGUAAUCCUUGCAUCACGGGCGCAUGUAACGACCAUCUUCAUGGCUUCACAUGCACGUGCCCGGCUGGACGGUCAGGUUACCUCUGCGAGUAUGAAUCCAAGUUCCUGGACUGGUCACAACAUCUUGCACCGGGUUACGACGUCAUCACAUCGUCUGCUAAAUUCCUGCUGUCGGAAUUCGACACGGCUCUGUGUCCACCGGGCUGGUCUCGCUUCUGUUUCGACGGCCAGCGCAUGAAGCAGCUGAGCUCAUGGUGGUCAACAUCUGCUUCGCUUACUCCCGGCUUAGUUUGGUCGGGCCUGGACUGGGAUUAUGUUGCCUAUGCGUAUACAUCCAAUGCCAGUCGUAAGGCACUGGGUAGCACUGCAAAGGCGCACAUAUCCUGCACAAGACAAAACGGGAUUGUCGACCUCAUCGAGCUGGACGACUACAAACAAACCGGGCUGAUGGACAACUUCCGUGGCGCUCGCAUGAAGCAGAGUAAUGACCUGGUGUCCUGUGCCAUCGCUCAAUCAUCCUGCCGCGACCAUCUCGGCUUCCACCUAGCCAGCAGCAGCCAACUGACGGACCUGAAGAUAACUGGCGAUUACUUGACAAAGGAGAGCUGCCAAGGUGGCUCAGGCCCAUCGAAGAAGUUCGUUUGUGUCGGCUGUUCUGUGCACUGGAAGGAUGCUUGGGGCAUGGAGACAGUGAGUGAAACUGGUCAUGUGACUUGCAAGGCAGGCUACGUGUGGAGAGCUAGCUCACAGGGUAGUCCAGCGUGUCCCAAUGGUGUUUGGACUGGUCUGGCCAGCUGUGCAGCCAUCUACGAGGGUAUGACUCACUCCAGGUCGAUAAUCCUUCAGCUGAGCACCGUAGCUGAUGCGGGCAGCAAUUCCACGGCGCAGACUAAGACAACCGCGACCACCGCCAAGCCGAACAUCACAUCCACUGUCUUCACCAGUGCCGGGAAGCCUCUGGAGAUGACGCACGAAGAGGCAAUGGUGUAUUGCUUCCGUGCCCACGGUCCGGGAUCCCGUCUGCCGAUCCUCAGCACUCCACCGGAGCGCGAUGCCAUCUCUUCCCUGGUGCGUUCCUGGAAUUUGCCCGGCGCAAAGGAGGCCUCCUUCACACACAUCUGGGCCCUGGAAAAGCCCGGCAUUCACCGGCCCGUGGCCGUGUUCUCUGGAGCUGGCGAUGCUGCAGGCAACGUAGCUACAGUGUUGAUGGACCCGGCCAAGAAACUGCCCGUUGCUUGCGUCGCAGGCUGCCAGGUCCCGUCGACGUACUCCACAACAAAUGUCAAGUCAGUACUAGUGAACGGCACAGUUAUCUGCAGCGGCACUGGCGACUGGGUGGCAGCGUAUGCCGCCGUGCUGCCUCAGUGUUUCCAAGGCUUCUGGAAGGAUCUGCCAGUCUGUCAGCAGUGUGCAAUGGCUACGGAGGUGAAGGAUGGCAUUGAGCAUGGCGUUGUCAUCCCCAUGGCUGACGGAGGAUUGCUCUGCUUGAAGAACGGCCGCCAUCUGCCAGGCUCCGGCUGUGCAGAUCGAUGGCAGAAAUUCUCCGAAGUCGAGUGUGUUUGAGCACGGGACUGGCAGCCAGGAAGUUUGGCCAUCUCGCGUGCAGCGGCAUAAGAGGAUGCAUCGCGAAGAGAGCCGAAGGUAUUCCAUUACCUUCAUCUCCUCUGCAAUUCCACUUGUAAUUAUCAGAACUAAUCGUGUUUCUAAUGUUCAACAAUUGAUUUAUCAUCCAUACAGCAAGUAUGGCGACACAACUGAGAUAGGUACGGCUGCCACCAAGCCUACACGAUCCCGGUUCUGACCAGCUAAGCAAACAGACAGUCCGAUACAAGUACAAGAACCAAACAUAUUGUUUGUGGGUUCAUGUCAUGCUCUUGGCAUUGAUGCUUCGGCAAGACUUGCGCCACAUGCACUAUGAUAGAUGUAUUUGGUCUUUCCUAAACCGAGGGAUCAAACUACGGUCAUCGAGCCAGAUGGACCUGCCGGUUUUAGCGCGCUUUCAUUGCAGUACCUUCCAUUCACUGAUCAACUGAAUCAACUUUUAAUGUUUUUAUAAUUAUACUCCAUCCACUCACGCUUCCACCUGCCAUUCACCGAGCAACUGAAAUGAUUUUCAUUGAUCUUUAAUAUAUACUCCAUUCACUCACACACGCAGCCAGUCUUGGGCACACUUUGGACACGUUUCUCCUUUCGGUAUCCUCAACAUCUCCAUCACUCUGCAACCUUCUGUCCGUUUUGUUUUCUCCUUUCUGUAUCCUCAACAUCUCCAUCAUUCUGUAACCUUCUAUCCGCUUGGUUUUCUCCUUUCUGUAUCCCCAACAUCUCCAUCCGAUAAUUCUUCAACCUUCUAUCCGUUUUGUUCCUCCUCUCCGUAUCCUCAAUGCCGAUCUCCAACAGUCUGCAAUCUUUGCCCACAGUGGGGCUGUUUUAAUCCGCACACGUUUACUUCACACAAAUCUCCAGAGUCCGCUUCUUAUCCAUGUGUUCAAUAUUCUUUCUUGCCAGGUAUAGUUUUUUUACCGCAUUUUGAUCAUUUUUCAGUAUUUUUAUGCCAAGCCCAAACUACAGACUGCGUAUUUAUAUUACUGAUAGCUUUACUAAAAUUGUUGUCGCCUCGUCGACUUUUCGA